GGAUAUAACGGACAUAAACGUGUCCCUGAUAUUAACAUCUUUGAUACUCAUUCUCAACGCUGGAUUCCUUUCUUAAAUGCGCCGCCAUCGCUUUCUGGAUUUCCUGCCAACGCCGGUUUAUCUGCUCACACCAGCCUGCCCGUCGUUACGAAAGAUUCCGAGGCUGAAUUUGCAGCUCUCAUCUUUGGUAGAGAAGGUUCGACUCGCACACAGCGUAGAUCCGGCAAUGUCUACCUCCUUAGAGAAUGCAAACGUAGAGUUGAGGCAUCUAUUUUUUAGCUAA